CCAUUACUUAUAUGCUGCCUGUCUGUUCCAGGAUGAUCCCGCGACGCAAACACAACGCCUCCUCGGGCUCGCUGCCCGCGCCCGACGACAAGACCGCCAGCAACGACUACAUACUGCACGCGGGGUCCGAGAAGUGCUCGGGCGGCUGGCGCGCCGCCGUGCGCCGGCGCCUCAACCGCAAGACGCUGCACAAGCGCGUGCCCGUGACGCGCUGGCUGCCGCACUACUCCUCCCAGGACGCGCUCGGCGACCUCAUCGCCGGCAUCACCGUCGGCCUCACCGUCAUCCCGCAGUCGCUGGCCUACUCCAACAUCGCCGGCCUGCCGCCGCAGCACGGCCUCUACGGCUCGUUCGUGGGCUGCUUCGUGUACAUCGUGCUGGGCGGCUGCCGCGCCGUGCCGGCCGGGCCCACCGCCAUCGCGUCGCUGCUCACGUGGCAGGUGGCGGGUGGCGUCACCGAGAAGGCGAUCCUGCUGUGCAUGCUGUCGGGGCUCGUGGAGCUGCUGAUGGGCGUGCUGGGGCUCGGCUUCCUGAUCGACUUCGUGUCGGGCCCGGUGUCGUCGGGCUUCACGUCGGCCGUGGCGCUGAUGAUCGCCACCAGCCAGGUCAAAGACCUGUUCGCGAUCAGCGUGACGGGCACCACGUUCCUGCAGCAGUGGAUCUCGGUGUUCCGGAACCUGCACGGCGCCGCGCUCUGGGACCCCAUCCUCGGCUUCAUCUGCAUCGCGCUGUUGCUCUUUAUGCGGCGCAUCGGCAUGGUGCAGCUGGGAGGCUCGGCGCCGAACGCGCGGCAGCGCUGGGUGACGCGCUGCUGCUGGCUGCUGGGCACGUGCCGCAACGCCGUGGUCGUGGUGGCGUCGGGCGCGCUCGGCUUCUGGUUCGUGUCCGCGCACGGCGCCGCGCCCGUACGCCUCAUGGGCUCGAUCCCGUCCGGCGUGCCGGUGCCGGCGCUGCCGCCGACGAGCUACGUGCGCGCCGACAACUCCACCGCCGACUUCCUCGAGAUGAUCUCGGAGAUGGGGUCCGGCAUCAUCGUGAUCCCGCUCAUCGUGCUGCUGGAGGACAUCGCCAUCUGCAAGGUGUUCUCGGACGGCAAGACCAUCGACGCCACGCAGGAGAUGAUCGCCAUCGGCACGUCCAACAUCGCCAACUCGUUCAUGGGCGCGUACCCGGGCGGCGGCUCGCUCGCGCGCUCCGUCGUCUCCAACGGCUCCGGCGCGCGCACCACCGCCAACGGCAUCUACACGGGCAUCAUGGUGAUCCUGGCGCUGCAGUUCUUCACGCAGUACUUCGAGUUCAUCCCGAAGGCGGCGCUGGCGGCCGUCAUCAUCUCCGCUAUCGUCUUCAUGGUGGAGUACCACGUCGUCAAGCCCAUGUGGAGAGCUAAAAAGCUGGACCUGAUCCCGGGCAUCGGCACGUUCGUGCUGUGCCUGACGCUGCCGGUGGAGAUGGGCAUCCUCAUCGGCGUCAUCGUCAACAUCAUCUUCAUCCUCUACCACGCCGCGCGCCCCAAGUUCUCCGUCGAGAUGCUGAAGUCGGAGCGCGGCGUGGAGUACCUGAUGAUCACGCCGGACCGCUGCCUGAUGUUCCCGUCCGUGGACUACGUGAAGAAGCUGGUGACCAAGUGCGCGGGGGCCGGUUCCUGCGAGGCCGCGCUCGGGCCCCUCCCCGUGGUGCUCGAGUGCACGCACAUCUACAGCGCCGACUUCACCGCCGCCAAGUCCAUCCAGCAGCUGACGGCCGACUUCCACGAGCGCCGGCAGCCGCUCUACUUCUACAACGUGAAGCCGUCGGUGUGCUCGCUGUUCGAGGCCGUGGCCAAGCCGGAGCACUUCGUCACGUUCUACGAGGACGAGGAGCUGGACCGCCUGCUGGCCGCCGACGAGCGUCUGCAGCCGCGCAAGUCGCUACCCCCCGUCCGCCCGGGCCCCGCGUAGCCCGUGUCCGUGCCCGUGUCCGUGCCCGUGUCCGUGCCCGUGCCCGCGCCCGCGCCCGCGCCGUACUCGGCUAAUGACUAUAUUUUUGAGAUUAAAUUGACAUAUGUGAGUGCUAUUUAGACGCGGAGACAUAUAUUGUUACUAAAAUUUUUAAUUAUUUAGAUGUUGUAAAUACGAUUCCUAGAGUGAGCUCCGAACCGAUCGACGCGUGAUAGCGUCGAUGUAAAAUCGCGCGCCCGCGGCGCGGGCCCGGCCCGCCCCGCGGGGCGACAGACUAGACUAGUAGAGACUAUAUUCGUAGCUAUAUAUAUUUUGUUAGAAGUGUUGAGGCGGAGGAGUCCGGGGCCGGCCGACGGACGAGGUCGCCGGUCGGCCCCGGACCCGGACCGGACUGAUCGUACUUAGACGGUAACGCGCCUGGCGCCCCGUUGUGAUUCUAGCUCGUAACUGAUGCGAGUCUCGUUCUAUCAUAAAUAUUUAAAUAAAUUUACGUAGCGACCGCCGGCUUUAAAGAAUCCGCAGAUAUUUGCUAGUUCGUUUUUACCGCUUAUGAAUACCGUGAAUAUCUACGCGGCACGUAUUUGAGAGUUUGCAAAGUGACUACGGUGCGGGUCCGGAUUCUAAGCGGACCGACAAAUGAUGCAUUUUCCAUAUUUAGUGUCGCUAUAUUGCCGGAAUGUGGUGCUUUGCAGCUGGAGGUCGCUAAAUCUCCUCUAUUUACUAUCGUCGUAUGCACCGCACGUACACGUAGUGCGGCCUCGAAGCAUAUUAAGAUACCUACGUAAAAUAUAAGACCGAUUCCUAAGUUAACGUUACGUAUCUAAAUACCUACGGCUCGUGUGAUCAUUGUAGCGGAGGUUCGCCCGCAGCGCUCCGAGGAGACUCGAGUGCCGCGCGUACUCGCAUUCUAAAAUUUGUCUUUUAACUGAAUACACCUUUAGGAAACUUUAAGUAUUAAGAGGCCGGUGUCGAUUUUAGUCGCAAAAAUGUAAAAUUGAUAGAUUUAGUCGGUGAAAUUGUACACCUUUUAUUACCUAAUUGAAAUAACAAGUACUGGUUUCUAUUAGCACGUCUUCUUAUCUUACCUUUUAUCAGAUCAAUUUUUUGAAAACAGACUCACUAAAUUAGUAAUGUUUGCUUUUCUGAUGGACGUUUAGGUAAACGCGCGUAAAGCACUGAUUUUGUCGCUCUUAUUUGUAAAUUUCGUAAAGUUUGGACGGCUAAACAUAGUAAUUUUGUAUUACACAUAUCCUGUACUUGACGUUUAUCAGACUACAUUUUUAUUAUUAUGACUUUGAAGUAGUGUAAAUGAAUGUUAGACGAAAUCAAUUUUCUCCAGAAAUUACUUCAAAACAAGUGACAAUUUCUCUGAAAAUCGACUUAAUUUCAACGUAAUUCUGAUACUUAAACAAUCUACAACAUUUGCUGAAACUAUUCGUAUACAUCAAUUUGUAUAAUUUACCACCAUAAAUUUUUGAUGAAUUUUUAAAAACUGCCCCUUCUUUUCAUAUAUUACCGGUGACGCACGCUCGCGACCUCAUUAUUAAAAGGCAAGAUGAGAAGACGUGCUAAUAGAAUCCAAUACUUGUUAUUUAGAUAUUACGUAACAAAACGUGUAUAAUUUCAACGACUAAAUCUAUCAAUUUAAAAUAUUUGCUCCAAAAUCGACUACGGCCUCUUAAGGAAUCUAAAAUUACAUUUUUAAUACAGUGCUCAAAAAGUGCUACUUUACGUAGCUGUUUAGCGUUUGCAAAGUUGGUUUUUACGUUUUUACUUUUCCAGCUUUUUUAAAUUUAAUUCUGACCGGAAUCGAUCGAAGAGUUUGGAUGUUCAAAAACUUAAUAUAUUUUGUCAUUAGACAUUUAUUACGUACAAAAAGUAUUGUUACACGAUAUAAAGUCAAUAUUUAUUUGUUAUAAAAUACGAUAUAUUUUAAUAAAAUACUUGUUUUUUGUAUUUGGCUGAAUGGAACUAUCAUUGUCACGUUGGCUGUCGUUAACAUAAAAAAUUAAGAUAUAAAACCGGCGCCCGCUACUUUCACUUAAAAUUUAGUAUAAAAAUAAUUGCUAAUAAUAAUAAUAACUGCAACUGUAAGAGCGUUUUUGUAUGAAAUGAGUUAAUGUGAUCAAUAUGGGCAAUGUAAAUCAACGCUGAACGUAGUUUAAAAAGCUGAAUAAUGUAUAAUAUACAAUAUCGUUCAAGGGAAAAAUCGUAACUGUAAGUGCAAUGCUCAUGUAAACAAUAUUUGUUUUAUUGUGAUAUUUUAGCAAAUGUAUUAAAAAACGUCAUUCAAUGUACGUGUGAACGAGAUGUCGUAUAUUCGCUUACGACUCAUAAAAGACAUCUCGGGACUCGUAAAUAAUAACACACUUUCCACACUUGCAUUGAAAUGUACCUACUAUUUUAGAGUUCCACUUUCAUGUAUGUAUUUAAUUUUGUAAACGAAAUUUUUAUGUAAUUAUCUGUGGCUUUACUUUCCGUACAUAUUUUUAAUAUAGUAAACAUAAACACAGUUACAUCAGGUAAGGUGCCCACUGAUUAUCAGUCCGCCGGACGAUAUCAACCUGUCAGUUAGAACAAAAAUUUGCCAGUCCUGAACAACUGACAGGCCGAUAUCGUCCGGCGGACUGGUAAUCAGUGGGCCUCUUUACAGUUUUAACCAGUCCACCCCAAAUCAAGUUAAUCGUGAUUAACAAAGGCUACUUUGUCCCAUAAUAGUUGACUGGUCAUUAAAAGAUUAAUUUGUCUAAGUAUAAUAUAAUUAAUUAAGGACAACUUUGAGUUGAAUGGGAAUAUUACGCGGUACGUCGAGCUGUGACGUCGCAUCGUUGGCGCGGCGUAGACGUACUUACAAAUUCGUUAAAUGAUAUCGUAACUUAAAUUAUUUAUUUUGUAGAUAAAUAAAGUACAACUUAGGAUUUAAUGUUAAUAGUGUAAAGUUAAGUUGUAAAGCUUUAAGCGGCCUACAGAGGGCAUCGCCGGCCCCGCGCCGCCCCUCUCCCGUCCUCUGGCCCCAUCCCCUCAUCCUCCAUCCCUGCACCCCCUCCCCUUAUCCUCCAUCCCUGCACCCCCUCCCCUCAUCCUCCACCCCCGCAACCUCUCAUCCUCCACCCCUCAGCAGCAGCUUCGGAAAGGACUCCGACUGACAGGCGCCGGACCAUUACAACAAAACUAUAUCUACAAGUACCUGUAUAGUAAAGUACCUACUCGUAUAGAAUAAAUACCAGAUGGGAACUAUUUUCUAAACCGAUUUAUGUAUUGUAAAAGACAGUGAAGGAUAAUUAUUUAUUAUAUACCUAAUAAAUGGAUAAAAUCGUAUAAACUGAUUGAUAUUUACGAUUAAUAUUUUGCAAUGAUUUAAAUAAAUAAGUGAAAGUGAUGUUAAUAUUAUUGUGAUAAGAGACGCCAUUGACGCCCCCUCUCCCGACCUGCAACCUCCUCCGUUCUCCUCCCCCUUCCCCCACACCCCCCACACCCCCCUCACCCCCCUCACCCUGGCUGUGGGUGCGACGUCGGCGCCGCCCGAGGAGCGCGCCUAGCGCGCGGGAUAGUAUAAUGUUGUGUUCUAAGAACAAAUUAAUAAACUCUAUGAGGGUUACAAACUUAA